AUGGAAAAUCAUGACUCAAGAAAGCGUAGCGCCUGCGAUCGCUGUCGCAGCCAAAAGCUACGGUGCGUGAGGAGCCUGAGCGUAGCGACGGGGGACUCGAUACCCAAUAUCAACACAGCCCAACUCCAUCCUUGUGAACGAUGCAACAAGGCAAACGUGCCUUGCUACACCACCAUACGUUCGCCAAACCAAGGCGCCAUGGGCCUAUCCUACGAGCCGCUCUGCUCGCCUAGAAUGUGGUCGGAUUUCGAUAUUGCAGAUUUAUUCACUACGGAAAUGAUGUCUCAAUACGUAGCACAUGACAAUGCUCCUGAGUACUCUUCUCACCUCGGCGGUAGUGGUGGCAUGUAUCAAGUACAGAAUACACAGACUAUCCGCCAGCAGGAUACCGACUUUAUGCUUAAUAGAACAGCCCAAGCACCGCCAGCCUAUACAGCGCCUUUAACUCAGGUCUACGGUCCCAGUGAUCGAUAUAACAACACCUUUGCCCGGAGACUGGGAGGCGAUAUAAUAGCGUCAGCGAACCACAUGUUAGACCAGUCUGACGAGCUCUCUGGUAGCAACAGGCAAGACUCCCAUCCUGUCGGCGACUUAGACCUGACAGGGCGCUGCACGAUGCAGCUUUCAGAGCUUAAUGCACGCCUUAUGAAGGACUUGGCCUUGAGCGAGCUUCAGUCUGGCAACUUUUCCAAGAUUUAUACAUCCGACCCUCCCCCAGAGCUACCAGAAAGCUCACCCCCAUCCGCACUUUCAAAAUUCAUCGGCAGCAUCUUAGGCAACUGCCAGGAGUUUCUAGGCAUAUUGCAACGUCUCAAAUCAGCUCAUACGAGUCAUACCAAAUCAUGCCACGGCACUAUGCCUGAAUUCCUAGAGCAACCAUGUUCCCAGAACACCUCUAGAACCCAUAAUACGUCUGGCAGCAACAUGUCCAUAGGUCGGCUUCCUUCUCCAAACACCCACGCGCAGGUUAUAGACCUCUCUAAACCGAAAAGAAAUGACCCUUCAGUAUUCAGUUUCUCAGCCUAUCUAUUGCUCCUUUCCUGCUACGCCUACAUCCUUGAAGGCUACGAUUCGAUUUUUACAGAGAUCCUUGGAAUGCUUAAGGACGGUUCUUACAGCAACCUUGAUUUGCACUUAUCGACGAUCCUCCCCGAAUUCUCCCUAGGAGGGUUUCGCCUAGAUGGCCACAAUGACCUGCAAAUCAAGUGUCUCGUUCAGGUUAGCUCCAUGGUUUUGGUGAAAAUUGAGAAUAUCAUUGGUAUUGGUGCACCAAGCAGCGGGCUCUUAAACAACAGACAUUUGAGCGGGCUCCUCGACGCUUUAUAUUACCAGAAGCAAUUUGAUUAUACCGAGGGUGGUGGGUCGCGAGUAGCCCGUGUAAAAAGAACGAUGAAAAGUAUAGAGGGGAUCUUGGAUUUAGCCUAG